UUUAUAAUUUGUCAAUAAAACAAAAACAGCCGUCAAACAAACAACUAGAAGUUUCUUUGUUUUUCAUUCUUUUCUCCAAUCUUCAAGUUGAAACUUCUUCAUUUUACAAUCAAAAAGUCUUUUAUUUCAAAAAAUGGUUCGUUUACAUGUUAAACGUGGUGAUGAAAGUCAAUUUCUCUUCGACACUCAAGUUUCUGAGGAAGUUUCUUCAGUUCUUCAAGAAAUAACUGCUAUUUACAAUGGCCGAUUAAAAAUCUAUCGUUUGUGUUAUGAUAUUGAAGAUUUGGCUAAUCAUGGAACAAUGUUGCCACCAGAAAUGAUUGGACUUACUGAUGAGCAAAUUGAAGAAUUAAAACUUGUCGACACUUGGGCUGAUAAAUGUAUUCCAUCGGGAGGAUUUGAAUUUAAUCGUGAUAAAAUGGGUAGACGUAAUGGACAUCAACCUAAGGAAAAUAUGAGAAGUGUUUUAUUUAAGGCAAUUGAUGAUGCUAGAAAUGCAAUCGAUAAGAAAUUAGUUUUAACAAACAAUCCAAUGACACUGAAGAUUGUUGAAGAGGCUAUUGACCUUUUAAGAGGUGCUGUAACUAUUGUUUAUCCAAUGCAACUUCCACCGCAUGAUGUUAUUCGCAUGGAGUUUACGAAUAUGGAAGAUUUAGCUGGAACUCAGGCUUCCAAGGAAGUAAUUGAACCAUGCAAAGCUCAACUAUGGUUUGCUGGGCAUCAAUUGAUACCAGGAAAAAAGUUAUCUGAUAACCUUGGAACGAAUGAUAAAACUAAGGUUGUAAUCAAACUUACUAAAUUGGGUGAAGGACCCCCAGGACGAGAAGCUGUUAUCACUGAAGAUAUAAGAAAACGAAUGAUGGCCGAUGCAUAUCGUCGUCAAGAAGAAUUAAAGGUUGGUCAAAUGGCCCAAAUAGAUGUAGAAUAGAAAAAAAAAGAACAACAUCAAGAACCAUAGAAGAAGUUCAUAUCCACACAAAAACAUUUUUCUAGUUAAAUGUCAUUUCUAAUUUGAAAGCUU